AUGUGUGGUAUUCUAGGUCUCUGUCUUGCUGAUCAGAAUGCAAAGUCUGGACCAGAGCUGUUUGAUGGCUGUCUUUUCCUACAACAUCGUGGUCAAGACGCUGGCGGAAUCACAACUUCUGGACCAAGAGGUCGUUUUUACCAAUGCAAAGGUAAUGGUAUGGCUAGAGACGUCUUUACUCAGGAUAGAUUGGCUGGUUUGAUUGGUAACUUCGGUAUUGCCCAUCUCAGAUAUCCAACCGCGGGUUCCUCCGCUGGGUCCGAGGCUCAACCAUUUUACGUAAAUUCCCCUUACGGUAUCUCCCUGGCACAUAACGGUAAUUUGGUUAAUACAAAGCAACUCAGAGUCUACCUUGACGAGGUGGUUCAUAGACAUAUCAACACUGAUUCAGAUUCGGAGUUGUUGUUGAACGUUUUUGCUAGUGAAUUGGAAAAGUACAACAAGGCCAGAGUCAACAACGAUGAUAUCUUUCUGGCUCUUCAAGGUGUGAUGGAACGUUGUCGUGGUGCUUAUGCAUGUACAGGUUUGAUUGCCGGGUAUGGGUUGUUUGCAUUUAGAGAUCCUAACGGUAUUAGACCUGUCUUGUUUGGUGAACGUACUAACAGUGAUGGCACCGUAGAUUACAUGGUUGCAUCUGAGUCGGUUGUUUUGAAAGCUCAUAAUUUCAAGAAGUUUAGAGAUAUCUUACCAGGUGAAGCUGUUAUAAUACAGAAGAAUGGACACGUUGAGUUUAGACAAGUUGUUCCAAUUGAAAAAUACACUCCAGAUAUCUUUGAAUACGUCUAUUUUGCAAGACCUGAUUCUGUUCUUGAUGGAAUAUCUGUUUAUCGUACAAGAUUGGCUAUGGGCGACAAACUUGCCUAUAAGAUUAAGGAUAAAGUAUUCAAAGAUGAAGACAUUUCAAAACUGAUUGACGUUGUCAUCCCUGUUCCAGAUACAGCAAGAAAUACCGCUCUACAGUGUGCAGUGCAAUUGGGAUUGCCUUAUCGUGAGGGGUUUGUGAAAAACACUUAUGUUGGAAGAACUUUUAUCAUGCCAGAUCAAAAGAAGAGAGUUUCUUCUGUUCGAAGAAAGUUAAACGCUAUGGAAUCUGAAUUUAAAGACAGAAAUGUCUUGUUGGUUGAUGAUUCCAUCGUUAGAGGUACAACUUCAAAAGAGAUCAUUCAAAUGGCCAGAGAAGCAGGUGCAAAGAAGGUUUACUUUGCAUCUGCGGCACCUGCUAUUAGAUAUAACCACAUUUACGGUAUCGAUUUAGCCGAUACAAAGGCCCUUGUUGCCUAUGAAAGAACCGAAGAGGAGGUUGCAGAAAUACUCCACGCUGAUAAAGUGAUCUACCAAGAUUUGUCCGAUUUGAUCGACUGUGUCAACUCCUACAACAAGGAUGUGACAGGCUUCGAGGUUGGUGUCUUUACAGGGAACUACGUCACUGGUGUUGAAGAUGGAUAUUUGCAAGAGCUGGAACAGAUUAGAGCUCAAAAUCAAAAAGUUGGUAAUGGUUCAAUCUCUGAUCACGAUGCAAAGGCUGAAGUCGACAUUGGUAUUUACAACUUGGGAGAUUAUAAAUAG